AUGGGACAACUUCUUUCACGUUUUGGCAUUCGUUUGGGUACACGUAUAAGUGACUACGAAAUAAAUCGUAUUCCAAUUCAUCAUAAAUGUCGUAAUUGUGGUCAAGGAUGUGAUCCAACAAAAUCAACUAAUAUAUGUGUUAAUGCUAAAUUCACUCGUACAGGUACAAAAGAUCAACCAAUAGUAUUACGACCGGUUAUACCAAAUGAUAAAGUACGAUGGUCAUCAUCAUAUGAUUAUCGUCCAAUUGAAUUUACAUCGGAAAAAGUUCGAACAUCAACUAAAGAAUAUGUUGAUCGAGAUCCACGACAAGAUCCAAGUGUGCAAAUACCAUGGAAUUUAGAUGAUCGUUUAUGUGAUCGACGAUCUUAUCAUGGUACAUAUAAAAUUAUUGGACAUGUGCCACAGAAUCCAUGUGGACGAACGGGUCAUUUCGGACCAAAUCAUGCUGCUGAUCCAAUUGUAACACGAUGGAAACGUGAUGAAAAUGGUCAAAUAAUAAUACAUCCAUCAACAAGAAAACCAAUUUUACAAUUUGUUUGUAUACGUCGUAAAGAUACAAAUGAACUUGCUAUACCAGGUGGAAUGGUUGAUAAAAAAGAAAAAGUUACUGAUACAUUACAACGUGAAUUUCAAGAAGAAACACUUAAUUUUCCAGAUUUAGAUGAACUUAGUAAACAUAAUUUAUUAGCAUCAAUUAAAGAUAUAUUUGAAAAUGGUGGAAUUCGAAUUUAUUGUGGUUAUGUUGAUGAUCCAAGGUAUUUAAAAUAA